AUGAAUUCGAAAUUUAAGAAAAUCACCGCCGCCGGAUUGGCGGGCGUGGUAGGAGCAGCAACAACUACUUAUUUUCUACUAAGAAACAAUGAGAGACCAAAUUGGCCGGUUAGUGUCAAAGCGCAGAACCCUCCAGUAAAUCUUAAAAAGGAGCUCCCCAGCCGAAGCGAGCAAAUAAAAUCGCUUAAAUCUGACCAAUUCGACAUAAUUGUAAUAGGAGGAGGCGCUACGGGCGCUGGAUGCGCAUUAGAUGCUGCUACAAGGGGUUUGAAAACAGCCCUCAUCGAAGCCAACGAUUUUUCCAGCGGUACUUCCAGUCGCAGUACCAAACUAAUACACGGAGGGCUCUUUUACCUUAAAGCAGCUGUGCAAGGUUUAGACAGAGAAUGCUUUGAAAUGCUUCAGAUAAGUUUGAACGAACGAACAGUCAUGCUAAAUCAAGCCCCGUAUUUAGCGGGCCCCUUGGCUGUCAUGUUACCCCUAUAUAGGUGGUGGCAAGUUUUUUACUAUUGGUUUGGCAUGAAAAUGUUUGAUAUUAUGUCCGGCAAACAUAGCAUCGAAUCAUCAUACUAUGUAUCGAAGAGUAACGCUUUAAAACUCUUCCCUAUGUUAAAAUCAGAUAAUUUAGUCGGAGGAAUAGUAUACUACGACGGUCAGCACGACGAUUCCAGAAUGAACUUGGCGAUCGUGAUGACCGCCACUUUAUCGGGCGCCACGAUCGCGAAUCACAUCACCAUGACCGGUCUCGUGAAGAGCAACGACGCGGUGAGCGGCGUCAGCGUCAGAGACGAAUUGACCGGGGAAACGUGGGACAUUCGCGGGAAGUGCGUCGUCAACGCCACGGGAGCUUUCAUCGAUACCAUUCGAAAAAUGGACGAUCCGAAGGCGAAGGAUCUCGGCGUCGUCAAUUGCGGCGUGCACCUCACGUUGCCAGGGUACUACGGUUCCGAGCAAAUGGGGCUCCUCGAUCCGAACAUCACCGCUGGAAUCGCCAUCCUCGUACCGUGGCAGGGCCACACUAUAGUCGGAUCGGCUGAUUCACCGUGCGAUGUGAGCUACAGCCCCAUGCCGACUGAUAACGACAUCGAUGUAUUGUUGAAAUACGUGAACCAUUACUUCAGCUCUUCUAUCAAAGUUCGCAAGGCUGACGUAUUAUCUGCGUGGAACGGAGUCAGGGGGCUGGUGUGGAAUCCGAAGAAACCGGGGAAUAUAGCGUGGAAACACGUGAUAGAGAUCAGCAAAUCCGGUUUAUUGACGAUAGGAGGCGGUAGUUGGACAACCUACAGGGUUAGCGCUUGCGAUACAAUAGAUACUGCGAUUAAAUGUAUGCAUUUGAAACCAUCCUGCAAUCAAUGCAUAACGGACAAACUUAAGCUGGUCGGCUCCGAGAAAUGGGAACCUACUACUUACCUGCGAUUGGUACAAGAAUUCGGCAUGGAAGUUGAUGUUGCAAAACAUUUAUCAAAUACUUAUGGAGACAAAGCUUUUGUCAUUGCAAACAUGGCAAGCCCUACAGGCAAGCGAUGGCCGGUUGUGGGUAGGAGAAUUCAUCCCGAAUAUCCAUACAUAGAAGCCGAAGUAAAAUACGGAAUUAAAGAAUACGCGGUAACUGCUGUGGAUAUGAUAGCCAGAAGAACGCGACUGGCCUUUCUUAACGCGCACGCAGCCCAGGAGGCUUUGUCCCUAAUAGUUGAUAUCAUGGGGCAGGAGUUGUCUUGGUCGAAUGCUGAAAAAGAAAAACAAUGCAAUAUAGCAGCGGAGUUCCUUCAAACCGAAAUGGGCAAAAAAUUAAACGACACUACUAAGACAUAAAAAACCAAUACCUGUCAAUUUAUAG